AUGAUGUUUGACAACCACGCCCUCCUUCGACGGCCCUACCGCAAGCCGCCUCCGGGUAGUGUCGAGGCUAACAGGGCUACAGUUACAGACUGGGAACCCUUGGAGCCGAGCGCCAGAUGGAGGAGGAUCCAAGGGAGUGCCAGGGUCUCGGAAGCUGAGCGGAAGAGUUGGGUCCGGAUCAUUCAAAGCAGCCGUGAGGGACUGAGCUCGGAGACCAGCCCAACUUCAUUGGGAUAUCAAGCACAUGACGACAUUGAUAAAAAGGCGCAGAAAUAUAUAGUCGGCACCGGUAGGCAAAAACGACGGUGCAUCGAAUGCCAGCGCCAAAGCGGCUUGUUGGCCCGGGACCAGCUUCGUCCCUCCGGCUUUCCUCCAGUGCAUCCCCGUGAGUUCACGGCUGUUAAAUGGCCGGAGCUCCACGCCUUUGCUGAGCCGGACCUAUUUAAUUUCAAGGGGUUAUAUUACCCAGAAAAGCCUGAAGACCCUCUUCUUUGCCACGAUUGUCGCUUCGAGAGCUGUCAAGGCCGUAGUUUGCUCACCCAAAAGUUCUCGACGAAGGUUCUCGAUAGACUUCAGGACAUCCGCAGACGCCUUGAAUCAAUGAUCCGGACUGGAUGGAACAUCCAGUACCCUGUGAUGAGAAUCUGGGUUGAGGACUACCCCUUAGCAGACGCCAUGUACCAUUGGGUGUGCAACCAGAUUGCAUGGAUUGAGAACAAUCCAAAUGCCGCACUUAACAGUGUGCUAAACGAUAAACGGUAUGAGUUCUAA